AUGCAAUGGCAACAAGGCCGGAGAACGACCAGACCCAAAGACCAGGCAUAUUCUCUGCUGGGCAUCUUCAAUGUACAUAUGUCACUGCUGUACGGCGAAGGAAAGAAAGCUCGGCUCCGACUAGAAAUGACCAUCUUCGAAGAGCUGCAGCAACCUUAUCAGUCUCGGCUAACACUUGACUUCUUUGCUUCAAACGAGCUCAUAUCAGAGCCUGUGAGCCAGCGCCAGCACUCACGUGCCGGUAGACCACUCGCUCUAGUCCGCUUCUCGGACAUCGAAGGCGAAGUACUUUGGAUUUGUGGUUAUCAGCGGCUGCUCGAACGAGACAGCGCACCUGUAAGGAAAAAGAUGCGUAAAGCAGCUUCUACCGCCGUCGCACCUACACACUGGAAAUCAGACCCAGAUUACAAGGAGCCAUCGAAAGAACCCACUUCACCAUUGAAGUUCGAUCAGGUCAUGGAAACCGCUGCUACCAUAGGUGCUGCACCCGAUAUUGACGGCGUUGCUGCCAUAGAUCCUUCGACUCCCAUACUUCCAGACAGCCAAAACAGCUCGAUGGGCGGCUCGCAACUGUUUGUGCCACUCCAGCAGCAGCUUGAGCCGAUCGCCAAGAUGACUGUGCGCGAACGUCAGAAGUUGACGGACGUUGAACAUGUUUCUGCUUUGCAAGCAGGGCAGACAUGGCGAGGCCUCAAGCCGGAAGAUUGGCACGGUGAUGGCAAUCAAUCGGCGCCAAUGCCUAUGACCCGGAAAACAUACCCAGCACAGUCCCAUGCAGACAGUCAUCGAAGUCUAGAUCUGGACGAGGCAAACAGAGGUUUAUGUCCACUAGCCAGUUGUGGCCGUCAUGUGAAGGACCUAGAGGCGCACAUGCUUUCGCACCAGACAAAACGAACGACCAGAAAAGUGCCCUGUCCGGACCUGCGAAUACCAUACGAAAGGCUUCGCGCGUAG